GGCUAGGAGACGGUAAAUACACGUGUUAAAGCCAAAAUGAUAAAACUCGGAGUGAACCCGGUAAAUAAAGUGGCCAAAAAACAUGUAUCCCGCAAGCUGAAGUCGUCCUGGCGCAAGCACAUCGAUACCACAGAAAUCGACAAUUUCCUCGAGGAAAAACGGCAAGAUGAACGAAUCGGUAAUGUGGAGGAGAAACCAAACACCGAACUGUUCAUCGAGGAGGCGAAACCGAGUCGACCGAAGCUGACACAGAAGGAGCUACGGAAGAAGAAGUUCAAUGCAAUGCCCCGAUCGUUGCAGUCACUGAAGAACACUUCGCAGGUGUCAGAUCCGACCAUUAAGCGGAACGUCAAGGUACCGAAAGCUCCGUCCGUUAAGCGGAACAUCAAGGCAGCGAAAGCUCCGGUAGUUGCUAACUCUGUACCACGUCAAGCAGGAUCCCGAAAGGCAAAGACUUUGAGCAAGUUUGCCGUACCACAAAAGGAUCUUUGGGAGGAAGAAAAACUCCCGGAGGAGCUUCGUAGCGAGUGGGUCGAUCAGGAACAACUUUUGCAUACGCUGAAAAAUACUGGUAAAACGCUGAUAAUCAAGCAGCCCGCGAAAAUGGACAUAGCGUAUAAGGCUGCAGCAGAGAAGAAACAUCUUCCGAGGGAAGGCACCAGCUAUAAUCCGGCGAUCGACGAUUACAUUCAAUUGAAGAACGAAGUCGUCGAGCAGGAGAAAGCGUUACUGAAACGAAAGGCCCAUUUCGAUCGGGUUGUGACAAACAUGUUCAAGAUGGUUACUUCGGAACAGAAGCAGCGUACGUACCAGGAGGAAAUGUCUGAAGGUUUGAACAAAUCGCAACACAGUGAAGAAGAGGAUGAAGAUGAAGACACUAGCAAAGAGGGGGCAAAGGUUGUGCUGGCUAAACCGAGGAAGCGGAUUUCAAAUGCGAAAAAGCAGGAACAGUACCAUCGAAAAUUUAAUGCCAAGAAGCUGAAGCAGGAACUGGCCAAGCUGAAGGAAAUCAAUAGGAUCGAGGAAAUCGGCGAAGAAAUCAACGAAGUGGAACAGAAGUUAGAGAAAAAGGCAUUGAAGAGAGCAAACGCACCGCCAGUAACGAUUGACCUACCGAUAGAUUUUAUCGAGCCAGAACGCCUGGCCGGCAACUUGCGUACGAUUACACCGCUGAACAAUUUGAUCGCCACCGGCCUUCCUAAGGUGCGCAAGGUUAGCAUUCACAGAUAUUCGCGAGCCGAACUAGCGCGCAAGAAACCCCGACAAAAAAAGAAGGUACGUUCUGUGCGUCGUUCUCACAAGAUAACUGAUGAUGAUUGAGUAUGUUUAGAACUGAGGGCUACAUAUAUUUGAAUAAAUGUUGGCAAUGUACCAUGAAUUAU